GCAACCCAAGCUACACAGCCCCUCACCUUUCCCUGUGAAAAUCCCGCAGACAUGGACCUGGAGGGGCCGAUGUACAUGGCGCUCUUGCUUCCCAUCUUCCACGCGUUUGCACUCUAGCUGUGCGCUCCCGGCCCGAGGCACGUCCCGCUGCUGACCAGAGGGGGGCUGUUAUUAUUUUGUCGCUCGCCGAGACAUCACUGUGUAGGAGAGAGAGAGAAAGAGAGAGAAGUGGGGGGGGGGGGGGGGGACAGUGGAGACUGAGCAGCAGAGAGGACCACACAGUCGUGACAGCAAAGGCCGUUUCAGGAUAUAGGGCAACUGAGAGCGGCUUUUUGUGUCCUCCAUCAUGGCGAGUGACUCUCCAGCUCGGAGUCUGGACGAAAUCGACCUGUCCGCUUUGAGGGAUCCUGCUGGCAUCUUUGAGCUGGUUGAGCUGGUGGGAAAUGGCACCUAUGGGCAGGUGUACAAGGGUCGCCAUGUUAAGACAGGGCAGCUCGCAGCCAUCAAGGUCAUGGAUGUCACCGGGGAUGAGGAAGAGGAGAUUAAAGCAGAAAUUAACAUGCUGAAGAAGUACAGUCACCAUCGGAACAUCGCCACCUACUAUGGCGCUUUCAUCAAGAAGAACCCUCCUGGCAUAGAUGACCAGCUAUGGCUGGUCAUGGAGUUCUGUGGAGCUGGCUCAGUGACUGACUUGAUCAAGAACACCAAGGGCAAUUCUCUGAAAGAGGAGUGGACCGCUUAUAUCUGCAGAGAGAUUCUCAGGGGUCUGACUCACCUCCAUCAGCACAAGGUCAUCCACAGAGACAUCAAGGGACAGAAUGUCCUGCUGACUGAGAACGCAGAGGUCAAACUAGUGGACUUUGGUGUUUCGGCCCAGCUGGACAGGACAGUAGGAAGGAGAAACACAUUUAUUGGGACACCAUAUUGGAUGGCACCAGAGGUCAUUGCUUGUGAUGAGAACCCUGAUGCCACGUACGACUUCAAGAGUGAUUUAUGGUCGCUGGGAAUCACAGCAAUAGAGAUGGCUGAAGGAGCACCACCAUUGUGUGACAUGCACCCAAUGAGAGCCCUCUUCCUCAUCCCGCGCAACCCUGCCCCCAGACUCAAGUCAAAGAAGUGGUCGAAGAAGUUCCAGUCGUUCAUAGAGAGCUGUCUGGUGAAGAGCCACAGCCAGAGACCCAGCACAGAGCAGCUCCUCAAACACCCAUUCAUCAGGGACCUGCCCAACGAGAGGCAGGUCCGCAUCCAACUGAAGGACCACAUCGACCGCACCAAGAAGAAGAGAGGAGAGAGGGAUGAGACAGAGUAUGAGUACAGUGGCAGUGAAGAGGAGGAUGAAGAAAGAGACAUGGGUGAACCAAGCUCCAUCAUCAACAUCCCUGGGGAGUCGACCCUGAGGCGGGAUUUCCUGCGCCUCCAGCUGGCCAAUAAGGAGCGCUCGGAGGCGCAGCGGCGCCAGCAGCUGGAGCAACAGCAGAAUGAGGAGCACAAGCGGUUACUGUUAGCCGAGAGACAGAAACGCAUCGAGGAGCAGAAGGAGCAGAGGAGGCGGCUGGAAGAGCAACAGCAGCGAGAACGUGAGCUAAGGAAACAGCAUGAGCGGGAACAGAGGAGGCGCUAUGAGGAAAUGGAGCAGCUCCGCAGAGAGGAGGAGAGGAGGCAUGCUGAAAGAGAACAGGAGUACAAGCGCAAGCAGAUAGAGGAGCAGCGGCAGGCGGAGCGGCUACAGAGGCAGCUCCAGCAGGAGAGAGCCUACCUGGUGUCUUUACAACAGCAGCAGCAGCAGCAGCAACAACAACAGCAGCAACAACAACAGCAGCAGCAGGAGGGAAGGCAAGCAGAGAAGAAACAGCUUUACCACUACAAAGAUGUCAUCAAUCCUAAUGACAAGCCUGCCUGGGCUAAAGAGGUGGAGGAGCGAUCUAAGCUGAACAGACAGAGCUCCCCAGCGCUGCAGCACAAAGUGUCCAACCGCAUCUCCGACCCCUCCCUCCCUCCCCGCUCCGAGUCCUUCAGCAGCGGGGGCAUGCAGCCUGUCCGCACCCCACCUAUCCACCGUUCCAUCGAACCACAGAUGGCUCACCUGGUUCCAGUGAAGACCCACUCGAGCUCCAUGUCUGGCUCUCAGUCUCUGCAGGACCAGACGGGCUCGGCACUGAGUGAGGGCGUCAGUGUGGGGUCCCCCAGGCCCGAGAUGCCCCGGCAGAACUCAGACCCCACUUCUGACACCCCUGGACCCCCGCUUCGCAUUACCGGAAGGGAGGAACGGGAGCGGGACAGAGACAGAGAUCGGGACAGGACUGCCUGGCUGAGAGAGGAGGACAUUCCACCAAAGGUCCCCCAGAGGACCACUUCCAUCUCCCCAGCCCUGGUCAGGAAGAAUUCCCCUAAUGGAGGAGUGGGUCUGGGCCCUCGAACGGGUUCUCAGCUCAUACGGGCCAGUAACCCAGACCUGCGGCGCUCUGAGCUCUCUCUGGAUGCCAUGCUGCAAAGAACCUCCUCCAACUCGUCAUCUUCCUCCUCCCCUUCAUCUCAGGGAGGCUCAGCCGAGAGGAGAGGUCAAACCAAGCAGGAAGGAUCCCCUCCAGGAGCCAAUCAGGAGGCAAAGUCCAAACAGGAGGAGGGCCGUGAAUCAGCCAGACCCAGCAGACCCGCAGACCUAAGUGCUUUGGCUAAGGAACUCAGAGAACUGAGGGUAGAGGAGGGCAGCAGACCUCCAGUCAAGGUGACAGACUACUCGUCUUCUAGUGAAGACUCAGAGAGCAGCGAUGAGGACGGGGAGACAGUGGGGCAUGAUGGGACUGUUGCUGUUAGUGACAUCCCCCGCAUCAUGCCAGCGGUGCAGAGCGGUGGUGAGCCGUACGGAGGGCUGACAGAGGACUCUCUGGGAGAUGACUAUAAUAGCUCCAAGGACGGCACUCUAGUGAUGAGAGAGGCAGAGGAGAGAAGGAGAGGCGGUCACACUGAGAGUAACGGGUUUGGGAAUCACAGUAACCAUGGUAACCUCCCUGACCUGGUACAGCAGAGCAACUCUCCCUCAGCCACACCCACCACAGCCCUGCAGGAACUGGGCGACAUGGCUGAGUUUGGUGUGGGUGGGUCCAAAGCAUCCUUUACACCAUUUGUUGAUCCACGUGUCUAUCAAACAUCCCCAAGUGAAAAUGACAAUGAGAACUCAGCUGCAGCCAUGUUUGCAAAUGAGCUGCUGAGGCAGGAGCAGGCCAGAUUAAAUGAAGCCAGAAAGAUCUCUGUUGUCAACGUCAACCCUACCAAUAUCAGACCCCACAGUGACACACCCGAGAUCCGGAAAUACAAGAAACGCUUCAACUCUGAGAUCCUGUGUGCUGCACUCUGGGGUGUCAACCUGCUGGUGGGGACAGAGAAUGGUCUGAUGCUGCUUGACCGAAGUGGACAGGGAAAAGUCUAUAACCUGAUCACCAGACGGCGCUUCCUGCAGAUGGAUGUGCUGGAGGGGCUCAAUGUGCUAGUCACCAUAUCUGGGAAAAAGAAUAAGUUGCGUGUCUACUACUUGUCCUGGCUGAGGAACAGAAUAUUACACAACGACCCAGAAGUAGAAAAGAAGCAGGGUUGGAUUACAGUUGGAGAGCUGGAGGGCUGUGUGCAUUAUAAAGUUGUAAAAUAUGAGAGGAUCAAAUUCCUGGUUAUUGCUUUGAAGAACUCUGUGGAAAUCUAUGCCUGGGCUCCCAAACCCUACCACAAGUUCAUGGCCUUCAAGUCAUUCACUGAGUUGCAGCACCGUCCCCAGCUGGUUGACCUGACGGUGGAGGAAGGUCAGAGGUUAAAGGUCAUCUAUGGCUCCAGCGUGGGCUUCCAUGUCAUCGACGUGGACUCAGGCAACCCAUACGACAUCUACAUCCCUUCACAUAUCCAGAGCCAGGUAACGCCCCAUGCCAUCGUCGUACUGCCUAAGACUGAUGGAAUGGAGAUGCUGCUUUGUUAUGAGGAUGAGGGCGUCUACGUCAACACCUACGGUCGAAUAACCAAGGAUGUGGUGCUUCAGUGGGGAGAGAUGCCUACCUCUGUUGCCUAUAUCCAUUCUAAUCAGAUUAUGGGCUGGGGUGAGAAAGCCAUAGAGAUCCGAUCGGUGGAGACAGGUCAUCUGGAUGGAGUCUUUAUGCACAAGAGAGCCCAGAGACUUAAAUUCCUCUGCGAGCGGAACGACAAGGUAUUCUUUGCAUCAGUACGUUCGGGAGGUAGCAGCCAAGUUUUCUUCAUGACCCUCAACAGAAACUCUAUGAUGAACUGGUGAUGGAUCCUCCCACGGUUCCACUCUGCCUCACGCUCCCAUUGGCCAGCCCGGCGACCCACGUUGGCCCACGGCACAUCUCACAAAUGAACCCGAUUGCCCAAGAGGCCACAAGUGAACUCUUUUAACACUGGAAAGACUAAGAAUGGUGUAGAAAAAAAAUUAUCAUAGAGAAAAACAAAGACCUGUUCUAAAUGAAGAGACAUGUUACCCUAGAUUAUGUUGGGUCAUGCAGAAGCCAUCGUUACUCAACUGACUGGCAAACUGGUGCCACUGACUUUCCAAAUAUUCUCUUAUUCCCUCUUUCUCUGUCUGUCUGUAACUCUUCUCCCUUUUUAUCUGUCUCUUCUCACCAAACGGACCGGUGCAUUCAAGUGUUCAGCAACUGUAGAAAUACACUUUACACCUGCCUCCUCCUGUCGCUCUCCUUCUUCCUUUUGUCCUCGCUUCUUAAGCCUCUGCUCCUUCGCGCCUUCCUGCUAGAUCUAGUCAUCACGUUUUCAGUCUUUUGACACCUAUGUCCUCCAUUUUCCUCCCUUCCUGUCUGCUAUGUGUGGGCUCAUUCCACGAGAACUGCACCUCAAGGGAUGGAGGAACAAUAGAUGAAUGAGAGUUAAUAUAAAUUUGAAAAUAUAUUUCUGAAUAUGACAGUGCAGGGAGGGCAGCUGAGGCAUGACAAAUCUACUGUGGAUGUCGGCGGUGAAAGUCGACUGCCUGAUUGAUUUUCUCUCUCCUCUGUCACUCCUCCUCCUCCUCCUCCACUUCCUCCUCUUGCCAUCUUUUUCGGGUUCUGAGUAAACCGAAUUACGAUUUAGUGUUCGAUCGCAUUUCACUGAUUGAGAUGCGGUGAGACUCUGCUGUCACAGGCAGGUCGCAGUAGUAUGCAAAGAUGAUGUCUGUGUCCCUUUAAAAUGAAAUCACUGGUCCAUUCUGUCUUUUCUCUCCUUUCUUUCUCUGUCCCUCCUCCUGCCACCGCCCCCACCCAUCAUCACACUCAUCUCCCUGUUGUCACUCUUUAAACUCUGAAGGUGCUGCAUCAGAUAUACUGUAAUAUUACAUGAACAAUGAGAGCGUCAUUCUGUUCAUUCUGUUUAUUUCUAUACUUUUCUCUGUGUAACAGUUUGGAGUCAGUCAGUCUUUGAAGCUUGAUGAAAUGUACAGCACAUGUGUCUCUGAAAUCAGGAGCGUAUGUUAAUGUGUGUAUGAAUGUGUGCAUAAUGUGUGUAUGUGUGUGUGUGUGUGUGUUUGACUCGAUGUUGGAAUGAGUCCUGUUCAAAUCACGUUUGAAUCAAAGUGGGACACUGAACUCAGUGUCCACAAAAAAGAGUCAAGUAAUUCUGUUUCCAUGCGUGAACUUCUACCUUAAUGCGAUCAAAGCAACAUUGAGUGUGUUUACAAGCAAAUUUAUGAUAUUAUCUUCUUAGUAUGAAGUUUAUGAGUUGGUGUAUCUGAAAACCAUGCAUUUAAAAAUAGGCAAUAUUAGUGAUUGAUUUUUUUUUUUUUUUUAUUAUUAUGUUUCUGUUUCCUUUAACACACUAAUGUUCUGGCUACUCACAACUACAGCCAUGUUACUGUAGCACAUAUAUGAGGAUGCACUGAAAGAGCUUACGAAUACAACCUCAACAGGACAUGAGCUACUGUAUGGAAUAUUGUGUGCACGUGAAAGCACUCAUUGUCGAAAGUUGUGGUGUCCUUUUGAAUUGUGCUCCUCCCUGAUUGGCUCUUCUGAUCUUGGCUCUUAACUGUUUGUACAGUGCCUAGCAUGAUGUAAGCAAAACUAAAAUGAGGCCAAGAGAUUAUCACUCACAUUACAAUUAGUAAUUUUAUUGCCUAAACGGUUACUUUACACUGUUUUCCAUUUGUUUGUUUUCUUUUGGGGUUUUUUGUGUACAUUUGUGUGUUAUUAUCUAACUUUAACACAUUGCUGAUGUUAUUUGUCUCUUCUAAUGGAGAUGUACAUUAACAAAUUUGAGACUUGAUUUGUUCUUUGAAAGGAGUUAACUGAAUAUGGUUAUGCGAAAGCAUUGCCAUUUCUUUCUAAAUAUCUAGCACAGCUCAAUCAUUGACACAAAUUGUGUUAAAUUCAUGACACUAUUUAGGGUGGAUGAGUUCUUGCAUACUCAUCCACGUCUGAGAGCCAUGUAAUUUGGCAGUAUGUUGGCCAAUGGCUAACAAACUUACAGUGGCACAAACAAUAGACCCAUUCCCCAAUUGUGUAAUGAUCAUUGCAAUUAAGUUUUUUUGUCAGUGAAAUUAUUAAAAGCUUUCUGUUAUAAGUUCAAGCACUUUUACACAUCCAAGCAGUAGCUGUUCCUGCAGAGCUGUAAGUUAGGUUCACUGAUCUCUGUUAGGGGGAGCAGGCUAACAUUUAGCAAUAAAGAGCCGAGCUGAAGAAACCACCGUCUUCCCUGUGUGUGCACGCAUGCAUCUGUGUGUGUGAUUAAUGAACCAAGUGUGAAUGGGGCAUUAUUACUAUGUUUGUCCAUUGUGGAAUUCACUCUUCCAACUGAAAAAUGAUGACGGUCAUUACACUGAGAACUCUCCUUUCAAAGACGAAACCACUGUAUUCUUUAUUCUGUUUAUUUCUUGUUUUCUUUAUUUUGAAAGAGCAUUACUAAUGUCCUGUUUUGGGAUUUAUUUGUUUUGUAAAAGAGAUGCUGUAAGAGAGAAAUAAAUGAAACUAGAGCAUAAUGCUAUGGAAA